GCAAUAGAAGUAGUUUUAUCGCAUAGAUACGUUUGUUUCUACUUGAGCAUUCAAAAUGGAGGACGAGGUUGAGCUUGGAGAUCCCAACUGUAGGGGCCACCGUUCGCACUGUGCAUCGCAGUGAAUUUUGACCGCUUUUCUACAGCGAAAAGUCGCGGUGCAGCUAUCAUUUUCCGAUCAACAUAUUGCCGUUGCUGCAGUCCUUGUCCAACCUCUUCUUUUUUGUAAAUUCAAGUUCUUUAUCGACAAUUCCUGCUAGUUAGUACGGACAACGAGGGCUGCGACAUCGUGACUGAGCCCUUCGAGUUGUCAUUCAGUGGUUCAUUUCACCACCAUUGUGGUGCUAGGUAGAAGACAAACAUCGUUCUUGCGCUACUUCUUCUGCUAAUAUCUUCAGAACUUACUACGUACACGUACGGUUCGUUCUACAAGCGUGGACGGCCGCGACGAAAACUAAAGCACAGGUCACAACCACAAGAAAAUUUACCUACAUCUUCUUGUAAAACUUAAACUUAAAAAGUUUGUUAUCUUGGAGACCAGCACGAAGGCGAAGGACAAAGAAAAUGGAUUCGCAGGACCGUUCAGGGUUCGCAGGGAGGUUGGCUGAGCCAAUCUACAACCUCACUCCGGAGAACUACGAUUCAUUACAUCGUGCCGUCAGUGAGCAUUUGUCCCAACAGAACCGCAUUAACUCGCCUGAAGGGGAGCAGGUACGUACUUACUAUAGGUCCAGUACUGAUACUCGAAGACGAACGUCUUCGAGAUUGAUGUGAUUGAGUUUGAAUUUACUCUCGUCCAUUAAGAAGAUAAUUUCCGUAGUUGUACCCAGCAUUCUACUUAUCUUGACAUGAUCGAAUUCGAAGGAUUUGCAUCUGUACUUCAAAGUCAUAAUCUUGAACGAAUCAAGCAUUAUAUUAUGAUAAUGAUCUUCAACUCAAACUCAUUCAUCUAGUCACCACUACACCUGCAUCCCACCCAUUUUUGCCAUUGAAUUCCAGAUGCCACGAUCGUCGAUUCCGGAAGGACAAAACUUCCGGAACUGGUCGCUCCAAGGAUUUAUGGCAUCAACUACACUCAUGCACGCAGAGAACACAGACAUUUGUUGCAGUUUCGACAAGUAAGUGAGUAGUGUCUGGUGACAGCCUCGCGUGCUAUAUUCCCCCUCACCCUCUAACACAAGCAAUAACAACAACAGCACGCUACAGGAAAGCUCGCUCCAACAAGAUGUUAGCAAAAAUCGAAGCUUGGGAUGUACUUUAAGUUUAGUAGAUCCUCUUGUUUUAAUAUGUCGACCAUGAUGUUCAUUUUACCAAGAAGUGUUUGAACGAUCAUUUUACAGUGUAAUCUCCUACUACAGCUUCCAGCGAAGAUUUGCAGCAACUAUUUCUUCGGAGUUCUGGCAAUCCGUUGGCAGCCUUGUUGCAGCAGCAGUUACUUACAAUGCGAUUGCAACAGAGUGGGAGUAGCGAGCCAAAUUUAGUGUUAAGGCUGACUUACACUCGGGUAGUUCAACUCGAGUGCUUGUUUGCUCAUCAAUAAGAGGAGAGCUUGACAAAAACAAGAACAUCAACGAGCUUGAUCCGAUCAUUGUUCGCAUCGCUUACCCUUGAUCUUCUGCUGGUACUUAAAGAUCUUGCCUUGUUUCUCACUUUUUCUAAUCCCUGGCCUCGGAACCUCUACUACUGCGAGUGGCGGGAAUAUCGCCACAACGGGCUUAUCUUCCUUCGUAAACGGAGCAGGACAAUCCGCAGAGGGGUCCCCAUUUUUGCAGAUGGCACCAUCAGCUGUCUCCUUGGCGUCUAAUGCGAGUCUGCAACCUUCGGGACAGGAGAGUCUGGUAAUCUUCAUAUCUUCAAUCGCACAGUCUCAGUCACCUAGUGAUCUUGAUGAUAUUUUUUAUGGAUUCGUCUCUUCCACCACCUUACAAAGAAACAAUUGCGUAGCUUCCUUUCCAUCCAAAUCACAAAAUACAUUAUUCAAACUUAUAACUACAGAUCGGAAGCGCUCCUCGUGUAGGUGCGUCCUCGUCUGGUAUGUGCGUUUUCGGGAAUUACGCUGCCAGUAGCUCAGAGCAACUGCAGGCCGCCAGCGGAUUUCCAACGGUAUCAGUGAGUUCUUCUUGAAGAUAUAUGCCUACUAGGUAUAGUACAUCAAGAUAACUGAGAUUAAUAAAUGUUCAUGAUGAAUGUAGCACUAGCAUAUUGAUACUCAUGCUUAUACUGUAGAAAAUUCAAACAAGGACUGCAAAAAUCCGCAGAACACAAACACUCGCCGCCUACUGCGCUCCUUUCGUGAAAACCUUCCCCAAUUGCGAGCAAAGAGCCCCGGGCGCCCUCCAAAUCCCCGCGCGCAUCUGCUGGCUGCUGCGGUGGACUCUGGAGGGGCGCGGGGAAUCGCAUGAAACGAACAGACCAAAAGCCAGAAAAGCCGAGGGGAAGCAAGUCGCGAAAGUCGCUAAGCGGAGCACUUCCAGGACUAGGAGGCAACACGCGCCGCCGCUUUUGUGCAGUUCUUCCCCGACUUAGCGCCCUUAUGAUUAUUGCGCAAUAACAAGAUAAACAAGAUAACUGAGUCUACUGCGACUGGCCUCGGAUUUGGUUAAGAUCUCCUCCUUUCCCAAUUGAACUGAAGAUUCUUAAAAAUCUGUCUCCGCGUCUUCAGGGUGUUCUCGGAAGCACUAGCACAUUGCCGAUGAUACCGCAACCUACGAGUUUUAGCGGUUUUUAUCCGGAGCUGCCUCAAGUAACGCCAGUAUACUAUGUAUUAUAUAUAACAGAGUAGUUUAUAGCACGCAUGGUGCAUGGAGUAGCAUGGAGUGCAUGGAGCGCAGAGCUUUAAGGGGCGCAAGAAGCUCCCCCUUUAGCUCCAUGCUACUCCAUGUGAUCCAUGCACUCCAUGCCAUGCGAGCUGUGAAACCUUAUAAAUUGCUCUGAUAUAAGUAUACUAGUACUUCUCUUUUAUGAAGUUCACCGUUAUACGGAACGACGUGCUACUUAUAUAUGCUACUUUUUUUUUGUUCAGAACAUACAAGAUACCAUGUUUGCCUUUUCUGUUUCUUCAACAUCAUGUAUUUGUGGCUAUGCACUUGAUGUGGCUGUUUGAUGUUCCUCCAUGAUCCAACAACCUGUCGAUACAACAACGAACACGACGCUUCAGAUCCCGCCAUGCAAUUUGUUGGGGGGUUUGA